AUGAACCAAAUAUUUCCAAAUUGUUUGACUCGCACGUCGGUGGGGGAGUAUGUCCUAACUGUUCCGACACAGAUGGAAGGUGUUUCUGCAAUCCCUUUCUCGAUCAUCCCAACAUCGAAGAACAUCCCGCGGAUGUAUGUGAACAAAAACCAAACGACUAUUAAAUACCUUCCACCUACAGUCAUUCAUAUCACUUUCGAUUUCAACAUCCCAAACUUCCAAAUCACGUCGUUGUGGCUGACCGUGUCCGAGUUGAUCAAAAUCAAAAACACCGUCGAAGAGGCUUUGUCCGUCUUCGACGGACGGGGGCUCUUCGUCUUACUCUACGAGACCAUCGAUCAGUCCCGACCAGAAACCCUUGAUAUCAGACUCUUCCCCAAAGCACCUCUGACACGAGAAGACAGGCAGCAGAAACUUUUGCAGUACAACUUCGAUGUGACGCAAAAAGUAUUUUACUCUCAAGACUUCGUUACAUGUGAUGUGUGUUAUGAAGAAUGUCCGCCAAAGGACUUUGUCGUGUUUUCCUCAUGUGGGCAUUUUCUGUGUAAAAAUUGUUUGAAGAGUCAGCUACUUGUCGCGAUCUCAUCAGGCAAGUUCAUGUUGUGUCCAUACGCAGAGUGUAAAGAGGAGAUAUUGCCGUGGGAAUUGGAGUCUGUUUGUGUCAGAGAGGAUAUCAUCAAGUACGAGAAACAACUUGCGGUGAUGAGUAUACAAAGCUCUGGAGACUAUAUAGUGUGCCCCUUUUGUAAUUACACCGGCAUUUUGGUCGACCCAAUAGUCCACAAAAAGUCGACGCCCAUUAUCUGUGCCAAUUGUGAGAAGACGUUUUGUUCCGUCUGUUUGUGUACCAACCACGUGGGGACGUGUUACGAUGUUUUGUCGUUAGACCGAUUUAAAUCGGAGAGUUAUUACACGGAACUCGUUGGUGAACUGUCGAUAAAAAAUAUGAAGAAGUGCCCAUUAUGCAAGUGCCCGGUGUUAAAGGCGUAUGGCUGUAACCACAUUAACUGCACGUGUGGGUGCGAGUUUUGUUAUAACUGUGGGAAGAGGAUCCAUGGGUAUGCCCACUUCAAUGAAAGUGGCACAAAGUGUGUGUUGUAUUCAGAAAAGACUUUGAUGGAAGACACCAUGAAAAGCACUGAUACAAGGGAGCUCGACAAGCUAAUGAAAGACCCAAAGAUGUUCCCAUACUUCUGUAACGAUUGUGAAACACUCUUUGGAGUCGAAGUCAAUUCUCUGGUCAUUCGGUGCCCCUUUUGUAAAAAGAUGAAGUGCAGGCACUGCGGCGAUGAAAACGUCAGUAAGGAACAUCUUUUGAGAGUCCUCCAAUUGCCGAAAUUCAAGGACAUGAAAAUCCCAGACUUCUUGUAA